UCUUGAAUGUCUCCUGUAAGAGGGAGUAAUUGUACAAUGUGAUCCCGCGAAGGAAUGGCAUGCAUCCAUUUUAUAUAUUUUGGGCAGGGGUCGAGGGUUGUCCUUCUCACGAAGUCGCUGUGAUCUCGCACACCUCCUUAGAGAGAGAAAGCGAAGUGGGGUUCCUUUAUAUGCACACAUCAGAUCAGAGGAAGCAAAUUUGGGUGACUGUAUUAGAGAGAGAAGGCCUGAACUUCCCACUGCUGUAAAUUAGAGAGAGAAAACGCUGAGCUCUGUGCGACUUGCUUCCCCUGCUAGAGAUAGAUAGAGAGAGAUAAAGCCCAAAUCAGAUCCAUGGAAGUUUUCCUGAACUUCUGUGAUGAAGAUACGGGAAAGAGCUUCACAUCCCAUCUCAACAGAGUUCUCAUUGAUUCCGGUAUUUCCACCUUCUUCUUCCCAUCCAUACUACAACAACAACCAAGGGAUAUACAAAGAGCCAUUGAGAAGUGUGAGGUGUUUAUAGCCAUCUUUUCCCCCAAUUAUGCUUCCUCUUUCUUCUGCCUUGACCAACUUUCUUAUUUUCUGAGUUUGCCACGGAGGUCGAGGUUUAUUCUUCCUGUGUUUUAUGAUGUGGAGCCUUCGCAUGUCCGCUGGCAAAGUGGGCUUUUUGAAGAAGCCUUUGUGGAUCACAGGAAUAAGAAUGGGUUUGAUGAGGAGACAGUGCAGAAGUGGAGAAAGGCUUUGAAAGAAUUUGCCUCUCUUUCUCGUUGGGAAAUGAAGAAUUACAGGACGGAAGCAAAUUUGGUAAAUGAACUUGUCAAGCAUGUUUCUGCAAAGUUGAACUAUGAAACACCAUUGCAUGUCACUGAUUACCCGAUUGGGCUCGAUUCUCGGGUGGAUGAUGUGCUGAGACUCUUAGACAUUGAUGCUAAUGAUGCUCGGAUGAUUGGUAUCCAUGGUAUGGGUGGCAUCGGUAAGACCACUCUUGCCAAGGCAGUGUUCAACAAAAUAUAUUCCAGCUUCCAAGGCAGUUGUUUCCUCUCAGAUGUUCAAGAAUCUUCAAAAACAAAUGUUGGAGUUGUCAGCUUGCAGAAACAACUUCUCCAGGAACUGCUUAAUGAAGGAGAUCCAUGUAUUUGUAAUGUUGAUGGAGGCAUCAAUGUUAUUAAGAAUAGGAUUGGGUCCAAGAAAGUUCUUGUUGUAAUUGAUGAUGUUGAUAGCGAGGAGCAGCUUGAAAAAAUAAUCGGUAAUCGUGAUUGGUAUUCUCAAGGAAGUCGGACCAUCAUCACUAGUAGGGAUGAGCAUGUGUUGAAUGUGCGUAAUAGAGUGGAUAGUGAUCAUAUUUAUGAGCUCAAGGGAUUGGAUGACGCACAAUCUCUUGAACUAUUUAGUUGGUGUGCAUUCCAGAGGAAUCAACCGAUGCAAGAAUAUGUGCAGCUCUCCAAGGAUGUGACAUCCACCGCUGGUGGGCUUCCCCUUGCUCUUGAAGUUCUGGGAUAUUACUUAUGUGACAAGCGAAGCAUUGAUGAGUGGGAAGAUGCAACAACAAAGUUGAAAAGAAUUCCUGAAGAUAAAAUCAUGCUGAAGCUGAAAGUAAGUUUUGAUGAUUUGAGCGAAGAAACAAAACAAAUAUUUCUUGACAUUGUGUGCUUCUUUAUUGGGGAAGAUAAGGAUUAUGCAAUUGACAUAUGGAAAGGUUGUUGUUUCCCUGCUUUAGAUUCCAUAAGGAAAUUAUUGCAAAGGUUACUUAUAAAGAUUAUGAAUCGGAAUUCCUUGUGGAUGCACGACCAACUUCGUGAUAUGGGGAGACGGAUUGUUGAACUAGAAAACCUGGGUGAUCCUGGAAAGCGUAGUAGGUUAUGGUCUGAAGAAGAUGUCACUGCUGUGUUGAAGAAUUACAUGAUUAGGGAACUCGUAAGGUUCGAGGUCUAAUACUUGAAGGGAAUGAAUGGGAGAGGAGUUGGGAAACUGAAGCAUUUAAACCAAUGACUAAU